AUGGCGGAAUUAAACGGUGCUCCAGCAACGCUAAACACAAUGGCUGAAGAAGUUGUAGUGCAAAAUGAUUGUGAGUAUAACGUCACUAGUCCUGCACCGCCUGCAGAUCAAAAUUUACAAAUAAAUCUAGAUGGCGACGGUGGCAGUCUCAGCGCACCACAAGAAUUGCUAAUCCAUAGCAGAAAAAAACAGCUCCGUUUACAGCAACUAGAAGAGACCAUGCGUUUAAGAGAAGAGUAUUUACGGGAAAAAUUUCGCAUUUUAAACGCAGAAGAUGCAGACGAGGAAAUAGAAGGUUCAUGUGUUAUUGGCCCCACCAAAAUGUGUGGAACUAAUGUGAGCGGUAACACAGCAUUUUCGCCUACUCCAGUGCAGCCUGUACAAAAUAACAGAACCAACAUAUGUCCAGCGCGUGAGGUACCGGUACAUACGGUUAUGCAGUCACCACGUCAGCCGUCGACGCGGACUGCGGCAGAGCGUAGUCAGGCCUUACAUGUAGACUGCAACGGUAAUUCGCCAAACAUAUUUACAACGUUCACAGCACCAACAAGUACAGCACGUUCGCCAAAUCAGGUAUUCGCAAGUCAAUCAGCCGAAACCUGUAAUUUGACGACUUCGCAGUUUGCAGCGCGGCAAUGCGUGCCAAAAGACUUGCCGGUAUUUAGCGGUGACCCCCAAGAGUGGCAUAUUUUUGUUAGUGCAUAUGAACAGAGCACACUAAUGGCUGGUUACUCUCAUCAUGAGAAUUUAGUUCGUCUUCAAAAGUGUCUACGUGGUAAGGCUAGGGAGGUCGUGCGCAAUUUACUGGUAUUACCGGAGAUGGUACCUGAUAUUAUAAAUACGCUCAGAAUAUAUUUUGGACGUCCUGAGCAAAUACUUAGAGUACUUAUUGAUAGGGCGCGUCAAUUACCAUCGCCUAAGGGUAAACUUGAUCUACUCAUCGACUUUGCAUUUGCUAUCAAGAAUAUAGUAGCAAUAAUUCAUGCAAGCAAACUAAGCGGUUACCUCAACAGCCCAUUACUAUUGCAGGAAUUCGUUGAGGAGCUCUCUCAGGAGUCAAAACUUAACUGGGCAAUUUAUUCAACUGGCAUGAAUAACCCUUGCUUGGAAGAUUUUUCUACCUGGUUGUCCACAUUGGCUGAAGCAGCUUGCCGUGUUACGAAUCCGGCAUCACUCUCAGAGAAACUUAACAAGCGUGAAGCUCAUUUGCACACGCAUAAAUCUGAUGCCGUUUUAAAACAAUACGAAGAAGCAAAAUCUAUGCCCAGAUGCGCAGUAUGUAAUAACCCGCAUAAGGUUCCUCAGUGUGACCGGUUUAAAGUACUCACUAUGAAUGAGAGAUGGGACUUUGUUAAGAGGAAAAAUCUAUGCCGCCAGUGUUUGGGAACACACUCUCGCCGCUGCUGGAGUAACAAGUCGUGUGGGGUGGAUAGCUGCACAAUACGUCACCACAGGCUCCUUCAUUCUGAUGUUAACAAAAAUAGUGAAGUUUCAACGAUGCUGAAUAACCACCGUUCGAUUUCCAGCAACAACACCACAUAUUUUCGAAUCUUACCGAUAGUUUUGUAUGGAAGAAAUAAAACAAUAUCCACAUACGCGUUUAUGGAUGAUGGAUCUACACUAACACUUAUAGAUCAAACACUUGCAGAUGAAUUGGGUGAGGCUGGCGUUCCCGAUCCUCUAUGCAUUCACUGGACUGGAGAUAUAAACCGAUAUGAAGCUGAUUCGCAACGGCUCGAUUUACGAAUUUCAGGUAAUAUUCAAGGUGCGAAAAUAUAUCCACUCCGAGGUGUUUACACGGUUAGUAGCUUAAAUAUGUCAUCAUCAACAUUGAUUGCUGACCAAUUGAAAACAAAAUAUGCACAUUUAAAAGGCAUUCCCUUGCCAAACUUUAUUGACAUAGUUCCUAAGCUAAUUAUUGGUGUAAAUAACCCCAAUUUGAUAAUGGCACAGAAGAUACGUGAAGGUGGAUGGCAAGAUCCCGUAGGGGCGAAAACCAGAUUAGGGUGGACAAUUUUUGGUGGCGGUAAUAAUCAGAGUAAAGGUAACGGAUUAAACUUACAUAAAUGCGACUGCGAGAGCGAUAACAACUUGCAUGAACUCGUAAAGUCUUUCAUGUUGAAUGAAAAUAUUGGAAUUUCAGUGCCAAAGGUAAAUCCAGUUUCAAUGGAAGAUCAACGAGCCAUAGAAAUUUUGGGUAACUGCGAGUUGCAUGAGGGUCAGUACACCGCGAGCUUGCUGUGGUCAAAUGAUAAUGUACGAUUGCCAGACAGCUUGCCAACAGCUCUUAGUCGCUUUAAGUGUCUGGAACGUAAGUUAUCUAGCAAUCCUGAACUACAACGCAAUAUGCAGGAACAAAUUGACAACUUAGUUAAGAAAAAUUAUGCGACCAAGUUACCGAACGAAGCUAUAAAUGACCGUGGUGACAAAAUUUGGUAUUUGCCGGUUUUUAUUGUCCGCAAUCCGCACAAGCCAAAUAAAAUUCGACUUGUGUGGGAUGCAGCCGCAAAAUCUAGAGAUGUAUCCCUAAACAAUUUCUUACUGAAAGGGUCAGAUAUGUUAACUCCACUAGUAAAUAUAUUAUUCAACUUUCGAAUGGGUAGAAUCGCAAUAUGCGGUGAUAUCGAAGAAAUGUUCCACCGCAUUAAGUUACGACACCCAGACGCAGAUGCUCAGCGUUUUCUCUGGCGUACUAACAUGAAUGAUCCGAUAAACGUUUACAGGCUCAACGUUUUAAGUUUUGGUGCUUCUUGUUCUCCAUGUAUAGCGCAUUACGUGCGAAAUCUAAAUGCUUCGGUACACGCUGCUCAAAAUUCUCAGGUAGCGUGUGCAAUAAAGAAUCACCAUUACGUCGAUGAUUUUAUUGAUUCGGCUCGAACCGUCGACGAAGCUAUCAAAUUGGCAAAAAAUGUUCGAGAUGUUCACUCUAAAUGUGGUUUCAACAUGCGUAAUUGGUCAAGCAAUUCGCCAGAUGUUUUAGCAGCGCUUAAUGGAGAUGGGGAGCCACAACUUAAAUCAUUUGACUGCAGUAAGGAUGUCAUAAAUUUCGAAAAAAUACUUGGUAUGUACUGGGAACCAAAAUCCGAUACAUUCAGCUACGUGCUCAAAUUUGUUCGGCUUAAGCGCAAUGUAUUCGCGGACAGGGUCGUCCCUACAAAGAGAGAAGUAUUGCAAGUGCUCAUGUCAGUUUUCGAUCCGCUGGGACUAGUAGCUUGCUUAACUUCAUAUCUAAAGAUUCUUAUUCAAGAUAUCUGGCGAAGUGGAAUAGACUGGGAUCAACCGUUAAAUUAUGAACUUUCAUUGAAAUGGAAAACUUGGAUUGAAUACAUUCCCGUUAUUACUAGCGUGUCGGUACCGCGUUGCUACUCUCCACUCCUUUACGAGGAUGACUGUAAAGUACAACUGCAUACGUUCGUAGACGCAAGUGAAAAUGCAUACGCAGCCGUAUCAUAUUUUCGUAUUGAAGCUGGAGGUCACGUCGUCAGUAGGUUGGUGGUAGCUAAAGCAAAGGUCGCACCGUUGCGCCCGCUCUCAAUACCACGACUGGAACUACAGGCUGCGGUAAUUGGUGCACGUUUAACAAACAUGGUUGAGGAAGCACAUCAUAUAAAAUUUGAGAAACGUUACAUCUGGAGCGACUCAAAAACCGUUCUAAAGUGGCUUCAUGGUGAUCCGCGUAAAUUUCAACAAUUUGUAAUGUUUCGUAUCGCUGAAAUCCAAGAAGCAACUGCUAUCAGUGAAUGGCGUUGGAUACCAACAAAAAUGAAUGUCGCUGAUAUUGCUACGAAAACGAGGCCUUGCAUUGAGGUAGCUCAUCAGUGGAUAAAUGGUCCCGCUUUCCUUACUUUACCUACUAAAGAGUGGCCGGAACAAGAAGAUCUGGAACGUGAACUUGCUCACAAAGGUAUCGCCUGGAAGUUUAAUCCACCAGCUGCACCUCACAUGGGUGGAGCAUGGGAACGCCUAAUAAGAACAACAAAGGCAGUGCUGUAUAAGAUUUCGCCGUCGCAGAGAUUCUCUGAUGAAAGUUUACGUUCGGCUUUGCUGGAGGUGGAGAUGAACAUUAAUUCUCGACCGCUGACAUAUCUAUCGCUCGACUAUGAAGACCAGGAACCGAUUACCCCAAACCAUUUUUUAUUGGGCAGUUCAAAUGGAGCCAAGCCGUUUUGUAAACCUGAAGAAAUUAGCUUAAAAAUGAAUUUACGUCAAAGCGAGAUGUUUGCGAAUUUAUUCUGGCGUCGAUGGGUACGUGAAAUGAUUCCAUCACUUACACGUCGCAGUAAAUGGUUUGAAAAAGUGAAACCCAUAAGCGAGGGUGACAUCGUAUUGAUUGUCGAUGAAAACGCAGAAAGGAACACUUGGCUAAAAGGUAUAGUCGUCGAAACAACGAUGGCAAAAGAUGGACAAGUAAGGCGUGCUAAAGUAAAAACGAGGCAAGGUGUUUUAGAACGACCAGCAGUAAAGCUUGCAGUUCUCGACAUCGGCAAAGACAAGGCAAGCUCCGAAGAUUCGUCCGCUUACCGGGGGGACAUUGUUGCCGACUUAAGCAACCCGUAA